UCAGAUGGAUUUCGUUCUCUAGUUUUGCCAAAUUGUAUAGAAUCAGAUCUCGAGAUUUUCCCGAUGUGUUAAUGCCAGUUAUAGUUCCGAAUAUUAACAACUGAUGAGUAGCUCCAAGCGUUCUUAUGCGGAUGUUGCACAACGCAAUCGAUCACCUUUCGGUGGUAGAUAUAACACUGUUGAGAAGCAGGAGCCUUGGGUACAGUUCGACAAUUUCAAAGCAACCAAUGGUGAUAUCAUAUAUAUUGGUGAUUUCUGUCGUAUUGACCCAUGUCGUGAAUGCAAGAAAUCGCACGUAGGUUUCGUACAAUCUAUUCAGAAAUGUACAGAAAUGUCCUCGAAAGUUCAUUUUCAGCUGGUCGGAAAAUCUAGAUGCUGUGUGCCUGAAGAUCCAUUUUCUAUAUUUGUGUCCCAUGUCGUCGUUAGGAAAAUAGGAGGACUGCGAUCCGAUUCCAAUCGUGUGCUUAUUGAAGGAGACAUAGCCUGGUGCUAUAUUCCGACGAUCAACCGUUUUGUUUACGGUGAAGUAAAAAAGUUCUUGGAAGACGACACAAAAACAAAAUUAAAAUUGGUGGCAGUACCAGAACGUGAGCAGCCAUCUGCAAUUUGGAACAUCAGAGGGGUUCUGCAUUGUGAGAAUAAUACUAUUACCGUAACAAAGAGCUUGUGUGCUUUUGCUUUUCGCUGUACUCCCUGCCAAGUAGACGAUUCAUGCGAGAUAUUUUUCUUCGAAAGUGGAAUUCACCAAGGUAUUGUAAAAAGUGUUGAAAGUAAAAGAUAUACAGUCAAGCUUUUUCACUGUUCUCAUGUACCACAGCUAUCUUCAAAAUUAUACACGGCGAUUCAGGAUGGUUUAAAGAAGGGCGAAAAAAAUGUCUCUAAUAUCAUCGUUAGAAAAAUUAAAUCUCAAAAUGAAUCUGACGGAAGCAAUGACUCGACUCCACAAUUGCUAGAUAAUGACGUUGAAAUGGUGGAUCUCACUGGCUACCCGUCGAAGAAAGAGACAUACAUUACUGAGGAGCGAAACAACCCAUUGAUUGGUAAGUUCUGCUGGAUUGAAGACUCCUAUUUUGCUGACAAAAGUUGCUUAUUUGAGGAGCAUUGUGGCUACAUUUUCACUUUGUUACGCGACACAGAUGAAGUUCUAGUCGGCGUUGAGUUGAUAGAGCCAUGCAUGAGUUGUGCUAGCGCAACUGAUGGCUCAUUCAAGGGAAAACUUUAUUUAGAUGGAGCAAAAGUCAAAAGCUGCUUGUUUAUACCUGAGGUUUAUUUGAAGUUAGUAGAUUUUGCUGAAGUUGAUGGGCGUAGUUUGCAACAUUCAGACGUGUGCCAAGUUUUCAUUCCACAAACUCAAGCGAUAGAAUUGGCAUAUUUCAUAGAUGCUAAAGACAAUGGUAGGUUAAAGAUGAAUUUUCUAAACUCGGAAGUGUUCAGCCGAAUUUCAGAAGAAAAAUCGAAUUUUCUCGAAAUAAUACCAAAAAAAGCUUCACAGUGUCUAUGUAUUGAAAUACACCAGAAGCUUGCUAGAUUUGUCUUUCGAUGUGAACCCGUACAUGAUUCGAGCCAAAUUGAAGUUUACGUUCCCAACCACAGUAUUUUCAAUGGGUUUGUUAUGAAGAAGGAUGAUGGCUCUUGCUCAGUUGUCUUUGCUGAUGGAAAUAUCAAGGAGGCUUGCUUAGGCGUUGAUUCUAGACACUUUCACAGUGAAGGCGAUUCGCAGUACAGAAUAAAAAAUUUAUUCCUGAGGCGAACAGCCACUUCCCAAGUCAAAGAUUCAAACUGCGAGGAGAAUCGCAAACAAGCCGAUAAGUUUGAUUUUGAAGACCAUGAAACGGAGCCUUCCCCAAAAUAUGAAAGCCUUAAAUUGAGUUCGGAGACAACUACAUUUAACUCGCGUACACCUGAAUUUCCACGUGCUCUCCCACCCAACCCGGAGACAACUACCUUGAACUCGCGUACACCCGAAUUUCCACGCGCUCUCCCGCCCAACCCAGAAAGCAACUCAAGCGUACCGUCCCCGUCUUACGAAAGCCUAAAGCCUCAUGGAAUUCAUCUCAAGCAAGGAGAGUUUUGCUACAUUGAAGAAGGAUAUAUGACACUCUUUUGCGAAAAAAAGAACCACUAUGGAACUGUUGUUGCUAUCAUAAGCACUAAAAAAGGCGGGGCCACAGCUUGUGUGAAGCUCAUUGGACGAUGUCAUUGCAAAACAAUUGGAGAUGGAACGUAUGAUGGUAAACUCUGGCUUGAGAAACCAUUGAGAGAACGGUGUUUGUUUGUCCCUGUUGCAAAAGUACAAGUCAUUGAGUUUCAUAAACACUCUUCGGGUGCCCUUUUUGAGGUUCCGAAGAUCCAAGAUGUAUGCGACGUUUUCAUUCCAUCUCUGAAGCGAAAGUUCCCCGCAAUCGUGACAAAUAUUCUCGAGCCUGAGUCAUUCGUCGAGGUACAGAUGAUGGAUGAGAUGAUCCGGUUUACUCCUAAUUAUGAGCAGAAUGUUGAUGGGUUACAAAAAUGCAUUUUGAGAAAUGGAUUUGUAUAUUAUCAGCUCAGAGAAAGUUUUGUCAGAUCCCUAUUCAGUCCAUCUGAAGUGAGGGUUGGGACAAUUUGCCGUUUGUUUGCUCCAGGACAAGGGGUUUUCCAGUGUCUUGUAGAUAGUCUUCAUGAAAAUUACCGAGCUCAAGUCACUUUACUCGAAGGCGAUAUCGAUAGGAAUGAAAUAAAGGGUUUAGACGAUUCUUUCUUUCAAAAAAUUGGUGGAAAGUCAUUCAUUGUGAGUCGAAAUUUCUUGCUCUUUCUUGCUGACACAGACAAUGAUUUUGGACCUGGUUUUGUGGUCGUAGCAAAAUCUGAAAGUGGCGAUGAGUCUUUUGAGCCGACCACUUUAUCCAGAGAUAAUACCCCCAGAGCCGCCAGACAGUACGCCGUGCAGCAGGUCCAUAUUGGAAAGAAGAAGGGCAUCCAGGGACAUCAUAAUUCGUGUUACAUGGACAGCUUGUUCUACUCGCUUUUCUUGUUCUCUGAUGCUCUGGACUCGAUUUGCAAAAUAGACUUAUGUAAAAACGUCGAUAUUCGCAAUUCAUCUGCGUUUGAAAUGCAGAAUAAUCUAUUGACCUUAAUUGUCAAUCCUUUGAGGGGUGAAAACUGUUUCGUGCCUGCCGGAAAUGUCAUGCGGCUGCGGAAGCAACUGGAGACGUUUCUCCCUGGAGUGUCGAAGGAGGAGAAGGAUGCAGAGGAACUGCUAGCAGUGCUAUUCUCUAAAAAUUUCGUGGGUGGAGAUGGUCAUCCACCAUUGUUGCACCUUCGCAACGUCAUGCUUGAAGAAGAUCAAGACCUGUUCGUGUAUCAAGUGUUCGUGGAACCUGAGAACGAAGAAGCCUACGCUAAAAUGCAAAAGUCCAUUCCAUGCGUGCAGAACAUUCUGGCGCAGUCUUUUGUGCUUCAAGGACAAUUCUUUCGACAGAAUCCGACAUGCUUCUUGAUACAAUUGCCACGAUUCGGCAAAGAGAAAGUGUUUCCUGGAAUCUUUCUUCCGAUUGAAAUUGACAUAUCAAACAUCUCCCUAUCUUCUCCCCAAAAGUGUUCCAUCUGUUCUGUUGCUGCGGCGAAAUUGAGGUGCAAGAGUUGUUCAUUGUCGAGAUCUGAAAGAGUGAUGGGAGCUCGCGAAAACUUCUCGAUCAUUCAGUACUGCGAACAAUGCUCUGAUGUUAUACACAAAUCCAGAAAGAACCACGUCAAAGAUGAAAUUCCUACCGGAGAACAAAGUCUGAAUGGGUUCAAAUACAUUCUGGACUCAGUGAUUUGCAUAAAGACCAGUCAUUACGUGAGCUUUGCACGAACAAAGCUUAACUCACCAGACGGGAAAAUGACUUGGCUGUUUUUCGACAGCAUGGCUGAUAGAGUUGAAAACAGAAGAUUCAUGGACAGAAAUGUUCCCGAAGUGAGGGAAUGUCCGACCAUUGAAGGUCACCUGAAACAUUUGAGCGGUUUUAAAUCGGAAACAGAACGCCUUGAUUACGUGGAACGCCACGCCUUGCAGGAUGAAAUGCUGAAGAGAUUGGUGCAAGACGCCUACAUUGGAGUGUACAGACAUAAGCAAGACACAAUGGAAACCGAAGUUUGAAUUUGGCAUCUACGAAACUUAAGAGCCUUGACUUAUAAAUGAAUCCAAUAAUAUUAGCUAGCUUAGAUAUGAGUAUAUAUACCCUAGGAUUAUUCUAUUUCAAAAUUACAUAACACUAAUUGACAAGCUUUUCAAAC